AUGGCUCGGGAGCAGUCGUUGGGUUCUUAUCCAGGGUCUGUCAGUGCCACCGACCCGGAGGUUUUCAACCAGUUGGAUAAGUUUGGUCGUACCCCUAUGCACGUCGCCGUAGCAAAUAAUCAAAUGACUUGUGCUUCGAUGAUGGCCGAAUGUGGUGCUGAAUUGGACAUCCAAGACGUCAAUGGUGAUACGCCUUUGCACAUAGCCUGUCGAGGCAACCUCCGUAUGAUGGUUUCCAUGCUCCUAUGGGCUGGUUGUGAUCGGGAUAUUGUUAAUAAGAACGGCGAUACUGCCCUUCAUUUAGCAGCUAAAGGUGGUUAUGAGGAUAUCGUGUGGCUUCUCUGCGAGAACGGUGCCGAGGCGAGCUAUACCAUCAAAGACAAUGAUGGUAAACUAGCCAUCGAUUUGGCUCGUGAGGCAGGGCAUACCGAUACUGUGGAGUUGUUGGAGAAGGAGAUGAGAUCCGAUGGCAAGCCGAUCGAGCAUCAGUCUCACUAA